GCUGGAAUGAGGAUGAUGCGGAGACGGGCCGGCGCGGCGCCAGUCGCGCGAGCGUGGCCAACCCCCGAAGAGGUUUGGCCCAGUUGGCUCCUCGGGAACGGAAGGAGAAGGACUGGGAUAAGGGCGGCAGGCUGCGCGCCCGCACCUUCACCGGCGGCAGGCACCGCGCCGGCAGCGGCGGAAAUGCCCCAAGGGUAAGCCUUGCCACCCGGGGAAAGGGAGGCGCGGUAUGAAAUCGAGGCGGUCGGGUCCAUGGGAUUAGAGCACUGGAGGCCGAAACUAUAUCAGCCGAGCGACGAUACGGGAAAAGGCAGGGAAAUUGCGAGGGCCGGCCUUCAGUGCGGGGCCGGAGCGCCAGCGAGCCGAUGUGCAGACGGGCGGCUGCCAAAUUUGCCAACGACGCACGUGCCUCGCUCGAACGUAAUGGCACCAGUGGCCGCAUCGGGCGCCUGCCACCAAGCGGGAAGCGGCUUUCCUACCGGAAGGCGGGCGCCUGCGGUAUUUCUGCCGAAGGGGCUGCGAACAGGUAGCGCGCAAAUUGUUCGGACAAAGUGGCCUCGCUUUUGGCUACGCGUUGCGCUGCGACUUACCACCGCGGCGGUGCCCCCUUAUCCGGAUCCUGCUCGCUGUCGCUUUGCGCGGCCUACAGAGCACGCGCAUGCACUUCGCCCGUUGGGGACGGGCGCGGGUCGUGCUUUGAUCUCGUCGGGCUGGCGCCUGUUCGAGCACGCUGCAGCGCUCGCGCACAGCGCCACUACGUAGCUCGCGUUCUAGAAGUCGGAGCGCUUGCCACCCGCGCGCGGUCACCGACCAUGUGCAAACUGUGUCGUAGUCCGCUUGCGUGAGCAUUUUACUUAUCGACCGAUCGCAGAAAUUAAGUGC